AUGUCUCAAGAAGUACCUACUUUUAAGCUUGUUCUAGUCGGUGAUGGUGGCACCGGCAAGACAACUUUCGUCAAACGCCACUUGACAGGUGAAUUUGAAAAGAAGUAUGUGGCAACUCUUGGUGUUGAAGUACAUCCUUUGACAUUCCAUACCAACUUCGGCCCUAUUUGCUUCAAUACAUGGGACACUGCGGGUCAGGAAAAAUUUGGCGGUCUCAGGGACGGUUACUACAUUCAAGGACAAUGCGCCAUCAUCAUGUUCGACGUUACAUCCAGAAUUACAUAUAAAAAUGUACCAAACUGGCAUCGUGAUUUAGUAAGAGUAUGCGAAAAUAUUCCAAUUGUUCUUUGUGGUAACAAGGUUGACAUAAAGGAACGUAAAGUUAAGGCUAAAACUAUUACAUUCCACCGCAAGAAGAACCUCCAAUAUUAUGAUAUUUCAGCAAAAAGUAAUUACAAUUUCGAAAAACCUUUCUUGUGGUUAGCCCGUAAGCUCAUUGGUAAUCCAAAUCUUGAGUUCGUCGCCUCUCCAGCACUUGCGCCGCCAGAAGUUCCAGUGGAUCACUCUCUGAUGGAACAAUAUACCAAGGAUUUGGACAUCGCCGCGGCCCAACCUCUUCCCG